GUGGAUGAUCUCGCACACCUUCAAGGUUGUUCCAUGCUCACACUGAUCCCCGCUGAUUGGACAGGGAGGGAGAAAACCUCGUACCUGGCAGGUGAAUGCUGCUUCUUUAUUGGCCGAGAGGAGUUAAAUAGGAGUGGUGGGACUCCUCCCACUUCCCUGUCUACUCAUAAGCGCUGGUGGCAGCAGCUGAGGGGGUGAAAAGAGAAGGAAAUACACAAGCAGUGGACAUCUGAAGCACACAGGCGUCAGGGAGUGAAACAGCAAACAGACACAGCCGACAAGACAGAUCGAUCGCUCGUGCACAGAAGAUGGCCUCCGUCGCUCCGUUCAGCCGCAGGCAGUGGGCGUCCCAGUCGCUGAGGGUCACCGCCAAGGAGCUGUCGAUCGUCUCCACCCGGGGUAAAAACAAUGCCAUCGCAGAGCGCUUCUCCAAGUACCAGAUGGCAGCAGAGGAAGGCAACGCAGAGAGGAAGAAAAUGGUUGCAGAGCCUCUACCCGCCAACCUUUGCAGUGGAAAUCUGAGUGUUUUAAAGAAACGCUGGGAACAACAGCAGCCGUCCAGCCCCAGAGCCCAACCUCAGUCCACGCCCUGCAGUCCCGGCAACCCUCGGACCCACGUCAGUCAACCAACGGGCCAUAAACCUGCACCCGCAUCACAGAUCGAGAACCACUUCAACACCCCGAAAACCACCGCGCUGUCUCAAGACCAGGACACCAAGUCGGAGGUUCAGGUUCGCUCUGAGAUGAACCAGGUGCAGUCAGCUCAGCCCGAGGAUCUGACCGACAUGGAGGCGAAGCCCAGCAGAGCUUCAGAGGAGCAGGAGGAAGCGCCAGCGGCAGCUGAAGUGCCGGACAUCGAGAAGCCGAGUAUUCCCCUCAACAGCCUGAAGAUGAUGUUUGAGAAGGGCGAGACCGACAAGGUGUCCAGAGAGCAAACAAGUAGCGGUAGUACUGCCAACAUGGACCAGCUACUAGGAGAUGGAAGUCUCGCAGAGUCCACUCCUCUCCGGGACAGGAUGGCCCUCUACCAAGCUGCCAUCUCCAAACAGGAAGUCCCUCCCACCUCAGUCAGUAGCGAUCAGCUGGACGGGUUCUGCGGGAAGCAGAAGGAGAACGUUCCUCCGUUCUCUCUGGACAUGAGUCCAGAGUCUGAGCCAAACGGCAGGAAAAGUUUCACCCCGGAGACCAACGGAUCUUCUCCUGGCACGCCUGCAUCCUCCAAUCAGAGAGACUCUUCUCAGCUCAAGUCUUCCAAAAGCUUCCGCCUACCUGUGAGGGAGACCUGCGUGUCGUGUCUGAAGACGGUGUAUCCUCUGGAGAGGCUGGUGGCCAAUCAGCACGUCUACCACAGCUCCUGUUUCCGCUGCUCGCACUGCAACACCAAACUCAGUUUGGCGAACUACGCCUCCCUCCACAACAACGUCUACUGCAAGCCGCACUUCUGCCAGCUCUUCAAGGCCAAAGGAAACUACGACGAGGGCUUCGGCCACCGGCCCCACAAAGAGCUGUGGGAGAGCAAAGGGGAGAGCUGUGAGACCUCGCCCCAGUCCAACACUCCGAAGCCAAAGAUCCAGAGCCCGGUCUCAGACCUGGACAGCCCCAGUGUGGAGGACUCCCCGCUGGCUAAGGUCAACGUGCUGACAGCCACCAUGGAGGCUCUGGGACAGGGAUCAGCAGAGAAGGCCGACAAACCCACGGAGGCCCGCAGGCUGAAAAUCUCCUGGCCGCCACGAACGGAGCUGGAGGACGCGACCAGCCGCGGUGGAUCCACCACAGACGGGGGCUCUGCCACCAAGCCCAUCCGAGCCAAGUGGCCCCCGGAGGAGGACUCCCCCUGCUCUCCUCCUGAGCAGGAGACACCCAGUCUACGUCGGACCUCCUCCCUGAAGGAGCGCAGCAUGCCCUUCACGCUGGCAGAACAAAGUCCAGCUCCUGAGGCCAGAAAACCGAGCCCGCCUCCUCCCGUGGAAGACCGGGACCUCAGCCCUGAACCGUCCGGCAUGGAGCUGCAGCACGGCGGCCAGUCGUCAGACAGCCAGACACCAACCGAAGACAGCUGUGUGGACGUCCACACCAGCUCAGGAGAGGAGGAGCAGGAGGGGGAGAUGAGGAGUGAAAACAUGCCUGAUCAUCUCACCAACGAGGAAGAAGACACUGUGGAUGAACAACCUGGACAGGAGGAAGAAGAAGAAGAGGAGGUGGAGGUGGUGGAGAUGGAGGAGGAAGACGGAGGCGUGUUGGAGGAGGAGAUGGCACCUCUGAAAGACGAGGAGAACCCGACAGACAUCUCGUCUCCUGAAGGAGAGGUGGAGGCCAGCCGGUCGUCUCAGGACGUGGGCUUCUGGGACAGCGAGGAGGUGGAUGACAAGGAGGAGCAGCAGGAGCAGGAGCAGGAGGUGCUGACGGUGGAGGAGAUGAUCAAACGAAACCGAUACUACGAGGACGAAGCGGAGGAAGAGGACGUAUAGAGCGCUGUUGGCCAACACGAUGACAGCCAUGAACACUUUAGACUUCUCGCCAUUCCUUCGUUUUUUAGUCGUCGUCUUCUUCUUCUCUUCUGCGUGAACUCUACUGAACUCUUUUUGUGCUUCUGAACUCUUUUUGAACCUUUAAAGCCAUUCGACAAAAACAGUUUUUACGCGUGAGCCGCUCGCACAUGAUCUGUUUUUUUUAAAAAAAGGCCCGAUAUUUAAAAUUAUUCCCCCACAUGACGAAUGUUUUAGAAAUAUCUGAAGGUUACGACACAGAGAGAAUCAGGUUUAUUUUUGUGGACAUGACUUUUGUAAUUUUCUAUCAAACUGCUGUCACGAGUAUCAAUGUUUCAGUCUCGUCCGAUAGGAAAGCUUAAAAGACGACGACGUUCACUUUGACCCGUUACCAUAUUUCAAAAUAAAAGCGUAGUUUUUAGUUUCACUUUCUUUUCAGCUGCCUGUACAAAAAAAAAAACACACAUUUAUGUUCCUUUGUUUGUUUUUUUUCCGAUUUCAAGAGUUCUAACUGGAUCUGAAAAAUGUUGUACUGUUUUUAAACCAGGGGACCAAAUAUCUUAGAUUGCUACUGUUUAAAUAAAUAAAUUGAUAUAUACAAAAA